AUGGGCCAGUUUUUCGGGAAAAUAAAUGAAGAUAAAAAGGAAUUUCUCCAAGACGACGUAUUUAGUACUCCAACUAGACCAAAGAAGAUUAUCCGGCGUGUUGAAAUGGAUCCAAGAUCACCGACCACGACAAUACCACGAACGCCUAUUGAAGUUGAAAGGUGUGCUUUUAAUUCACUGAAAAACUCUACGUGA